AUGCCCUCUUACAUCAAGCCAUUUUCAUCUAAUUUCCCCUCUGAUGACACACAAUUUCUCUAUUCCAAGGGGGCUCUCACUCCCCCUCGUUCUGAACUCAGAUAUGCUCUUCUUGAAAGCUACAUUAAUUGGAUCCACCCUAUCUGCCCCCUGCUCGACCUAGGUCACUUUCUCUCUGCCUUGCUGUCAAAUGGUUCAGAAGGCCAAAUCAGUCUGUUACUUUUUCACGCGGUCAUGUUUGCCGGGUCGGCAUUUGUCGACAUGUCCUAUCUUCAAGCUGCAGGAUUUGAAUCUAGGAUUGCUGCCAGGGAACAUCUCUUCAUCAGAACUAAGUUAGUCUAUGACUUCAAAUACGAAGAUGAUCGACUCCGCAUUGUUCAGAGUCUGCUUCUAAUGUCCUACUGGCAAGAGAAACAUGAAGACUCCACCAACCAUUGGUACUGGGUAGCCGUCGCAUGCCUUGUAGCACGUACCAUAGGCCUCUUCCGGAAUCCUGCUGGAUCGAAGAUGUCUGAAGAGAGGCAAAAGCUGUGGAAGCGAGUAGGAUGGUCCUGCCUCCUCCGAGACCGCGUCCUUUCCCUCGGAGUCCGGCAGCGGCCGAAGAUCCUCGUUACCGAAUUUGAGCUACCCUUGUUGGAAGAGACAGAUUUUGAGAUUGUCACACUCCCUACCACCGCAAUAAAUACAGCGGCAGCCGUGGUAUUGGGGCAUUGUAAGUUCCUACGGGAUACAGUUCUACAGCAAAAGCUUGCGCUGCUGUGCAUAGAAAAGGCAAAGCUCUGUAUUUUCAUUGAGGAAAUUUUUCGAAAACACUAUAUUGAGCUGAGCCCAAAGUUGGGUAUGACGACGGAAAUCACCAAUGUGCUGUUCCCAAAGACCCACACUCUCGACCUCGAGAGCACUACAAACAUUGAGACGAAUCUUCAGAUCUGGCUACAACAGUUCCCGGAACGGCUGCAGUAUGCUCCAGACUCGGAGCCACGUCUGGACCGUGGUGAGGAUGUCUUGGUAGUGCAUAGCACAUUACUUAAAAUGCUCUAUCACACUAUCACUUGCGCUCUAAACCACCCAGUGCUUUUAAAUCUCUCAUCACAGUCGACAGCUCCCGAGAAUGACCUGAGAAUAGUCAAACGGAGAAUGCGGCAUUCUACGGUACAAAUCAUGCGGCACUUCGAGGAUCUACAGAACCUCGGGCUGAUCUGUUUCCUACCUUCGGCAAGCGUGACUAUGUUGCUGACAGCGGCAAUUAACCACUUGGUCGAAUACCGGACUAGCUCUCAAGAACAUGGUGAGCGGUAUCUACGUCAUUUCUGGGACUGUAUAUGCUAUCUGAAGCCGUUGCAGAGCGUCCACAUCUACGCCCAGAUUGCGUCCCACUUCCUGUAUUCGGUGGCGCAGCAGGUUGGAGUUCGCAUGAUGGAUCCUUUUUUGAGAGAAAAGAGCGAUGACCUCGGUGUUUGGGCUUCAGUACACAUGCCCGGCCACCUUCUCCAAAAACCCCUGGAGAGAAGACCCGAACCGGUAGCCUUUCAGGUUGGGGGUCUGGACUACAAUCAUGCAUCUCUACCACACCAGUCCGUAUUGCACACAUACAACGGUCAAGACGGUGGCGAGUCGCCUCUUACAACCGCGGAAGAAGAUUCUAUCACGACGGAGGGUAUUAGUGUGCCUCAGGUAACCGGACAUGCUCCACCAUUGUCCGAUGUCUUUAACUACCAACCGCUGUGGAAUAUGUGGGGAAGCCAAUAUUUUGAGGAGCUAACAGGAUGCCACUAUCUGCCCCAAAAUUAA